UUCGAGAAAGCAGAAAACAAAGAACAGCUUCAGCGAGUCAUUGAGAAUUUCCAGCAAUCUUUGAGAUCAAAGAUCAAUCCGAGGAAUCUCAAGAGAUUUGUGCAAGCAUUUAUGAAGCGGUCAAACAUAUCGGACCAAGUAUCAAAACUGAAGUGCCGAGUUCUGAUGGUUACAGGCAGCAAAGCAUCCUUCAAUCACACUGUGCACAACUUGUUUGCCCGCAUGAGGGAGAGACUGGAUAAGAUGGAGUGUGACAUCCUAGAAGUUGAUGGUGUAGCAAAUGUGCUGGAGGAGAAGCCUGAGAGAUUUGCAGAGUGUUUUCUGUACUUUCUUCAGGGUAUGGGCUUUGUUGGAGGAGUUCCAAUGCCCAGAGUACAGCGCUCAGCCUCUAUUGACAGCACUGGGACGCCACCAGGUCGAACACGCUCUAUGUCUAUGGAAGAGGCAGACAUGCCACGUGGGAUCUACUCCAUGAGCCCACCAAAGUAUGGCUCCCCCACAAGAGGUAGCUCUGGGGAUGUUCUAUCUACCAGCCCUACCAAAGGUUAA